UAUGAAUGCAGCAUUCAUUGAAAUUGAUAAAAUCUUCAAAUUUGAUUGUUUAAUAUUUCACGACGUUGAUAUGUUUGUCGAAGAUGGAAGGCACAUGUACAAUUGUGUCGACGCUCCACGACAUUUAGGAGCGUUAGUUCAAAAGUAUAAUUAUACUUUUCCCUGCCAAUGUCACGUUGGUGGUGUUUUAUCCAUAAAAAAAGAACAAUUUAAAGCAAUAAAUGGUUUUCAUAUUUUAUUUUACGGUUGGGGAGAUGAAGAUAAAGAUAUGUUAGGAAGGCUACGAGCAAAUAAAUUAAACAUUACAAGAUAUCCUCAACCUCUCGCUAAAUAUACAAUGAUAACUCAUGAAAGAGAUAAAUGGAAUCCACCAAAUAGAUUUAGAGAAUCCUUCCUACUUUUACAUAAGUCAUUAAACGAUAUAAAGAAAUAUGGAUUAAAUACCGUAAACUAUUCAAUUGACAGUUUUACUUUAAAACCAACUUAUACAUUAUUACAACUCAAAUUAAGUAAAUUAAACUGUUAUUAA